CCAUACAGCCACACUGAUAUAUCUGACGAAACAGUGAUGCGUUGUAUAUUGAGGUGUGCGGUUGUCGUGUCAGACCGAAUUUAAGGUUAUAUAUAUUCUCCAAAAAGCAAAUAACUAUAUUUAAUAAAUGAAUAAUAUUGAUAAUUACUUUUCUAUCAUUCGUUCAUAAAAUUUACCAACUUUCUCAAGUCUAAUAAUGUCGGAAAAGAAAGCGGAAAUUCGUGUUUGGUGCGAUGGAUGCUAUGAUAUGGUGCACUUUGGACAUGCGAAUUCACUACGUCAGGCGAAAGCUUUAGGAAAUUAUUUAGUUGUCGGCGUUCAUACAGAUGAGGAAAUUUCAAAGCAUAAAGGUCCUCCUGUUUUUACGCAAGAGGAAAGAUAUAAAAUGGUACGUGGUAUUAAAUGGGUGGAUGAAGUAGUGCAAGGUGCUCCCUAUGUUACGACUUUGGAAACUUUGGAUAAAUAUAAUUGCAAUUUUUGUUGUCAUGGAGAUGACAUCACAAUGACAGCGGAUGGAGUUGACACUUAUCAUCUCGUGAAAGCCGCUGAUCGUUACAGAGAGGUUCAGAGAACUGCUGGUGUUUCGACGACAGAUCUCGUGGGCCGAAUGCUUUUAAUGACGAGGCAACACUUCAAACAGGGUGACAGUGAAUACAGUGUUGAUCGUGAGCCAAGCAAAAGUAUGGGACAAGAUAAGACGGCUCGAAGUCCAUGGACCGGAUGCUCGAAAUUUUUACCAACGACACAGAAAAUCACUCAAUUCAGCGAUGGAAAGAGUCCACAGCCAGACGAUAAAGUCGUCUACGUGGCUGGUGCUUUUGAUCUCUUUCACGUUGGUCAUUUGGACUUUUUGGAAGUGGCGAAAAAAGAGGGCGACUAUCUUAUCGUUGGACUACAUACAGAUCCCGCUGUAAAUAAAUACAAAGGAGGCAAUUAUCCCAUUAUGAAUCUUCACGAGAGAGUUCUUAGCGUCUUAGCAUGUAAAUUUGUAAAUGAAGUGGUGAUAGGAGCGCCUUACGAAGUGACGAAAGAAUUAAUGGAGCACUUCAACGUGUCAAUUGUCUGUCAUGGAAAAACGCCAAUAGUUCCUUGUGAGAAUGGCACCGAUCCCUACGCAGAGCCCAAGAGGCAAAACAAAUUUAAAUUGGUCGACAGUGGCAAUGACAUGACAACGGAAAAAAUUGUCGAAAGGAUUAUUCUUCACAGGUCUGAGGAACUUCGAACAAUCAUUAAGAAUUUGAGCUCGAAAAGAUAAUUUCCAUAUACAUUGCAUCUUCCUGUUUUUGUAUAAUUAACCUAUUUUGGUUUUUCAAAUAAAUGUCUUUUUUUCGUAAUGCUAACGCUUUUUAAUUUCUUUUUUAUUCAUCCAUUAUUUGUGGAAUCAUUCUUCAUGGGAUAUGUAAAAAGGGAAAAAAGCGAGAAUGACUAUUUUUUUCUUUAUUUGCAUAUCUCAAAGAUUAAUUCCUAUUCUAUAUUAUUUAAUUAGCGUAUAAUUGCAGGUUAAAAUUUGAAGAUAGAAAUAUAAAGAA